GUUUGACAAGACGUCUCAAUUCCUUGGCACUGUGACCUCAUGGGUGCAAUCUGUGCCUGCUCUACCUGCGGCAUGAUAUUCCGAGGGAUCUGGAUCCGAGUGAGAUUCCCAGGAAGCUUAUACUCUAUAUCAACCCAGCCCGAUCUGGCCUUGAUUUCGGUUUCUCUUCUCUCGACACUUUCAAGUCUUCAACACAACAACAUUUCUGGUUCAGUUCCUUCUCUUUGGCUGGUCCAGUCUUUCCUUGAGUGCCUUUCUCAUUUCUUCCAUUCUCACAUUCCAUUCUCUCCAGGUUCUGUGAACCCUUUUCAGUUGUAAAUUAUACCAUCAACUUUUUUCUUCAUCUCUUUGACUAGAGACAUUUAGCACUCCUUCAAAAUGAAGAGCUCUAUCCUCCUUUCCAUUGCGGCCAUCGCCGCCCAGGUCAUCGCCCUCCCUACCCAGGAGGACCGAUCCGUGGCUCUGCCCGUCCGAGACCUGAACUUCCCGGCUCAAGUUGAUGUCAGGCCCGUUCUGCGCCGCGCCAAGGGCGAGCAAGCCGGUGACAACGCCGACGUCCAGCAGGAGGGCGAGAACGCAGGCGAGAACGGAGUCGCCACCAAGAAGGCCGCCAAGGACGCCGCUGCAGCCGGAGGAGCCGGUGCCGCUGCCGGUGGUGCCACUGCCGGAGGAGCCACAGCCGGCGGUGCCGCCAACAACGGAACUGCCAACGCCGGAGGCAAGAAGAAGGGCAAGAAGGGCAAGAAGAAUGCACAGGCCAAGGCCGCGGGCAAGAAGAACAACGCUGCCGCCGGUGCUGCCGGCGCCAAGAAGAACAAGGCUAAGAAGAACAACGGUGGCGCUGCCAACAACGGAACUGCCAACGCCGCCGACGGCGCUGCGGCUGGCGGAAAGAAGGCCAAGGCUGCAAAGGGUAACGCCGCUGCUAAGAAGAACAACGGAGCCGACAACGCAGCUGGCGGCGCGGCUGCUGGUGGUGCCGCCGGUGGUGCCGCUGCUGGUGGUGCUGCGAACAACGGAACCGCGAACGCUGGUGGCAAGAAGAAGAACGGCAAGAACGGCAAGAAGAACAACGCUGCUGGAGGCGCCGCUGCGAAGAACAACCAGGCAGCUGACGGCAACAACAUCCUCUCUUCCAUCCUCGAGAGCAUUGGAGGAGGCGCUGCAGGUGGAAACGCUGCCGCUGGUGGUGCCAACAAGGCCCAGGCCGACCCUCUUGCUCUUCUCAGCGGUCUUCUUGGACGUGACGAGGAGUCAGCCGACCUGGAACAGCGCGAAGAGCAUGACCUGGCUGAGCGUGACGACCACGAGCUUGUCCAGCGCGACGAGGAGGAGGCCGAUCUGGAGUAA